UCAUCCUCCCGCUAGUCCUCUUCGCAUCAAGUCUUCACCCUCAAUUCCCUGAUGAUUCAAAGCUGUAUGAUGUGGACAGACAAUUCAUGCUAGGCCCAGCUGUUGUUAUCACUCCUGUCUUAGAACAAGGAGCCACUGCAGUGAAUGGAACAUUUCCCAAAGGAAGAUGGUACAAUAUUGUCCAAGGCAAUUAUUUUAGGGUAAACAACACUGAGAUAGUUGAACUGAAGGCAGAUCCUAGUGAGAUUAAUGUUCACUUACGUGAGGGAUUCAUCCUAGCCAUGCAGUAUAACAGCACAGAAACAACUACUACAGCUUUUCGCCAGUCACUCUUUACAAUUGUUGUUGGAGUCAGUGAUGAUGGCAAUGGUAAAGGCGAGCUUUACUGGGAUGAUGGUGAUUCUCUGGAAACUUAUGAGAGUGAAAGGUAUUUAUCUGUUGUGUUUACAUCAUCCAAGUGCUCAUUGAACUCCAAAAUACUGCACAACAAUUAUCCAGGAUCAAAUGAGAUGAACAUUGGUAGUAUUCUGCUCAUGGGUGUUCUCAACAAACCAUCAAGCGUCAAACUUAAUGACACUUCUGUCAUGUUCCAUUAUGAUACAAACAUACAGAAUCUCAGCAUUGGAAAUCUAGAUGUUCCCUUACAGUAUGACUUCCUGUUGGAAUGGCUUUGAGAAGAGUGCCAGAUUGUGUCAGCAUCCGUUGUCACAUUAAACUGUUAGAUUGUAGGAUAUACAAUAAGGGGAAACAGGGGAUGGUAUGGAGUGUUAAAGGCAGUGGACACUAUUGGUAAUUGUCAAAGACUAGCCUUCACAGUUGGUGUAUCUCAACAUAUGCAU